ACGGACAAUUUUGCGACAGGAAGUGACAAAGAAUCACUGUCAGGAGAGAACGCUGUCAUCUCUGCCCAGGAUUGAAGCGUUAUUCUAUAUCAGAAGACAUUCCCGGCUGUUAUAUAAUAAAGUAGUGAGCGAAAAACAAGAAAGAUGUUCUCACCGCGGAUCCUUAAAUCUGCCGCAUCCUUAGUGUGCAGAAGAUUUUCCAUGGGUCAAAUGUCCACACAAGGAAAUGCUCCUGAUAUGGCUGAAGGAAACUCGUAUUUCCUUAUGAGCAAUGUUCGCAACAGGCUGAGGGAGAUAGUUGGAGCAUCCACUAACUGGAAAGACCAUCAGCAAGCUUUGGGUGAGCGUGCAUCACUAAGACAAUAUCUUGCUCAAAGUCAAGAUGAACUGCCUGCAAGAAGAAUGAAGGACAGUGCAAUUGAGGUUCACCUCCCUCUGGGUACCCAGCCUGCUCUGAGAGAGAAAUAUCUCAACUAUCAUAACAGUGUCAGGUUUGGCCGGAUUUUGGAGGACUUGGACAGUUUAGCAGUGCUCAUCUGUUACUCUCACACAUGGAAUAAGGAGCUGAAAAGAUCGCCACUGUCUAUCGUCACUGCCCUAGUGGACAAGAUUGACAUGAGAAAAAACAUCAUCUACCCAGACUGUGAUAUCAGGUUCACAGGUCAUGCUACAUGGGUUGGCAAAACCUCAAUAGAAGCUAAAAUGCACAUGUCUCAGUAUCAUAAUGGGGCAUACACCGAUGUAUUAGACGCCACAUUUGUGAUGGUGGCUCGAGAUGCUGAAAACAAAAGAGCAGCUUUUAUAAACCCACUGAAACCAGAGGGGCCAGAGGAGCAAGCUAUCUUUCAACAGGGGGAGAUUAACAAGAAGAGGCGAGUGGAGCUGAGCACAGCUUCCCUUUUUAAAGUGGCCCCAACAGCUGAAGAGAGAACUCUGAUUCACAACCAGUUCCUCCACACUCUCGACCCAAGAACUGUGAGUUUUCGAAGUCGGAUUCUGCCACCUAACUCAGUGUGGAUGGAAGAUGCCAAAAUGAAAGGACUUGAGAUUUGUCACCCAGAGGAAAGAAACAUCUUCAACCGAAUAUUUGGUGGUUUUCUUAUGAGAAAGGCCUAUGAACUUGGUUGGGCCAAUGCCUGUGCAUUUGGUGGCUACAGACCAACCCUAGUGGCUGUAGAUGACAUUUUAUUUCGGAAACCAGUUGAAAUUGGUUCCUUGCUAUUGCUGUCCUCACAGGUUUGUUACACAGAAGGGAUGCACAUCCAGGUCAGAGUUCACACAGAGGUGCUCGACCCUUUAUCCCAACAGCACAGCACCACCAAUGUGUUUCAUUUCACCUUCCGUGUGGAGAAGGAUGUCCCAGCUGUUGUGCCACAGAGUUAUGGAGAGUCUAUGCUUUACCUGGAUGGAAAGAGGCACUUUGAUGAGACCAUGAGGAGCCAUUGUUGAGAAUUCUAGGAUGUGUUGAUAGGAUGAUGAGAUUCCUGCCAAAGCAACAUCCAGCACUGCAGUUACACAAGUGUGUAUAUGUCUGGAUUUUGCUUUUAUUUGAACAGUUCUGUUUGUUUUAUUUUUUACGAUAAACUGUAUUAUCUACAGCUGUAUGUAUUUGACCUAGUUAAUAGUUUUUGUUUUUUUUCACAAUUUCAAGUUUACAGCAGGAGAGGCACCUGUGGAGAAAAGGGUAAUGAUUUGGAUAUUGGUCUGUGUGUGUGAGAUUGAUUUUAUUAUGGCACUGUCACCAUAUACCUGUUUAUUCAUUAAGAGCAACAACAGACCAUUGUUUGCUUGCCUGAUAUAUGCAAUAUAAUGCGAAAUUUGAUCAAGUAUAUGAGGAGAGAUUUUUACCAUAGAUCUACCACAAACAUAGCAUAAAAAGCCUUUAAAGUUACUAAUCUGAAUGCAGCCAAAGCUAUUAGUGGUGGCCAAAAAUAUUAGCACCCUUGGUAAAUAUGAGCAAAGAAGGCUGUUUGAUCCUUUUGAUCAUUCAAAAUAUACACAAAAAUAUCCUCUAAUGGAUAUCAAACAAUUGCAAACAAGUUUUAUCAAAAAACUAAUUUUUGUCAAAUAUGUGUGGCACAGUUAUUGGAACCCCUAGAAAUUCUUAUAAGUAAAAUAUAUCUGUAUAUUCCCAUUCAUAUUUUACAUUUAGUAUACGUGGGUGACUAGGAACAUGUAAUUGUUCAGCCAUGACUUCCUGUUUCAGAUGGGGUAUAAAUAUGAAGUAACACACAAGCCAAAUUCCCUUGAUCAUCUAUCACAAUGGGUAAGACCGAAGAAUAAAGUUAUGAUGUGUGGCAAAAGGUUGUUGAGCUUCACAAAAUGGAAAAUGGCUAUAAGAAAAUAGCUAAAGCAUUGAAAAUACCCAUUUCCACCAUCAGGGCGAUAAUUAAGAAGUUCCAAUCAACUGGAGAUGUUACGAAUCAGCCUUGAAGAGGACGCAUGUCUAUAUUAUCUUCACGCACGGUGAGGAGGAUGGUUCGAGUGGCCAAAUAUUCUU